AAGCAAUUGGUGUGUUGUUGUUUCUUAUGUUGUUUCUUUUUAUGGUAUUUAUUCAUUUGUAUGUAACAGUUCUGUUGUUUGAUAUGUUUUUUUGUUAUUCAGAGUUAAUUCAUUUUUAUGAUAUAUUUUGUACUCAGAUGCAGCCUAGGAAAAUAAGUGCAAAACAUAAGAAAAGGCAGACUGUUACUGAUGAUAUAGAUGAUGGUGUUGGGGAUGACAGUGUUAGUGGUGUGCAGCCAUUUGAUGAGGCCAAUCUAAUACGGAGUAGAUAUUAACAUGCAAUGUGCAGAGGAGUCAUCAUUUCAAAGUGAGGUCCCAAUUGUAGUUUCUGUAAAGGACAAUGGUAUGUUCACACAAGACACCCAAGCCACCCAACUCACUACUGAUCUCACAGAAGAAAGGCAAGAGCGUGAAGAAGCAAGUGAAGAAGAUAAUAAAGAUCAAACUGAUGAAAAGAGUGAAGAGGAGCAUUCUGAGGUUGAACAGAGAACUACUCAUGGGAUAAGGAUAAGCUACGGACCAUCCCGUUGUGCUAAACCAAAACCCAAAAAGAUGCAAGUUAAAAAAGGACCACGUUAUGCCACUCGAUCAAGAACAACAUUAAAAUCUGUUUUAUUUGGAAAUGAUGAUGCCCCAAUUGACUUAGACUAGUGGUUCAUGUAAUUCAUGUAUGUUUUUGGUUGUAUCUUUUGAUGUUGAGCACUAAUGGACAUGGUAUUUUAAUGAUGCUACUUUGGUUGUCAUGUACAUGUUUUUGUAAUAUGUUUGUGUAAG